CGCAAGCUCGUUUCGAUGGAACAGUUGACAGAGGAUCUUCGCAAAAUAUCAGGAAUGAGUCCAAAGGCUGACAUCCUGAGAUCUGGCCGCACGUACACACAAUCUCCAGAUAUUUGUCCCCUCCUCCCCUUCUUCUACCCUGCCGCUGCGCCUUAUCCUCGCCACGCUCUCACUCCACUCAUCUCCUCAAGCCACACCUGCAUGCACAUGGCAGCCAUGGCCACCACCGCCUCCAGCCUCCUCCUUAAGACGUCCUUCGCCGGCGCUCGGCUCCCGUCGGCCACCCGCGCCCCGUCCUGCGUCGCCACCCCGCGCGCCGGCACCAUCUGCAACUCCAUCUCCUCCUCCACCCCUCCCUACGACCUCAACGCCUUCAAGUUCAGCCCCAUCAAGGAGUCCAUCGUCUCCCGCGAGAUGACCCGCCGCUACAUGACCGACAUGAUCACCUACGCCGACACCGACGUGGUCAUCGUCGGGGCCGGCUCCGCGGGGCUCUCCUGCGCCUACGAGCUCUCCAAGGACCCCUCCAUCAGCAUCGCCAUCAUCGAGCAGUCCGUCUCCCCCGGCGGCGGCGCCUGGCUCGGCGGCCAGCUCUUCUCCGCCAUGGUCGUGCGCAAGCCCGCCCACCUCUUCCUCGACGAGCUCGACAUCGAGUACGACGAGACCGAGGACUACGUCGUCAUCAAGCACGCCGCGCUCUUCACCUCCACCGUCAUGAGCCGCCUCCUCGCGCGCCCCAACGUCAAGCUCUUCAACGCCGUCGCCGUCGAGGACCUCAUCGUCAAGGACAGCCGCGUCGCCGGCGUCGUCACCAACUGGGCGCUCGUCUCCAUGAACCACGACACGCAGUCCUGCAUGGACCCCAACGUCAUGGAGGCCAAGGUCGUGGUCAGCUCCUGCGGCCACGACGGGCCAUUCGGCGCCACCGGAGUCAAGCGGCUCCAGGACAUCGGAAUGAUCGAGACGGUGCCCGGGAUGAAGGCGCUUGACAUGAACACCGCCGAGGACGCGAUCGUCCGCCUCACCCGCGAGGUCGUCCCCGGCAUGAUUGUCACCGGCAUGGAGGUCGCCGAGAUCGACGGAGCCCCCAGAAUGGGUCCGACGUUCGGCGCCAUGAUGAUCUCCGGCCAGAAGGCGGCGCACCUGGCGCUCAAGGCGCUCGGCCGGCCGAACGCCAUCGACGGGACGAUCAAGAACGCGACCCCGGCGCUGCACCCAGAGAUGAUCCUGGCGGCGAUUGACAACGGCGACAUCGUGGACGCCUAAACGACGGUGGCUUACUCUUCGUUUGAGGAAUAAGAUGGUUUGAUGAAACAGAGGAUACUUUGGGACGACAAGACGUGGACUUCCUUUGUGACUUGUCUACUCGUGUUUGAUUCCCCUCUUUGUCUUUAGUUUCGUGAAGUUAGCGUCGUGUUCAUAGCACUGCGGCGAUCUGGAACAAGAGGAGGGAUCAGGGAAUUAAAAAAAAUGGUUGAAUUC